AUGCCACACGCGGGUCCAAUGGACUUCCAGGCACUCAUCCUGUGUGGCCCUGGAGGUUCACUCAAUACAUUCACCUCCAGACCCGAGGAGUAUCCAAAGUGCCUGAUUCAAGUCGCAAACAGACCCAUGGUAUUCUAUGCUAUUGACUAUUGCAGGCGAUCAGGUGUCACGGGUAAGUCCAAAUCUUCUUGCUGUCUUGACCCGUUGAAGCGAGUAUGGCUGGUUAAUUAUAUCCCAGAUAUCACAUUGAUCACCCCUCCAUUGUCCUUCUCUCCCCUUCGGACCGCCUUGGACCAAAACCCAUACCUUACGUCGUUCUAUUCACCCUCAGUCUCAGUUGUCGCACCGAAGGACCUCGAGAUGACAAUGGGAACCGCCGAGCUCCUUCGCCUCCCCGAAGUCCAGAGAUGUAUCACCACCAAUUUCCUCCUUCUUCCCUGUGACCUCAUUUGUGAAAUCCCUGGAGAGUCAAUCCUCGAGGCGUGGAUUGCCAAUCAGUAUAUCGACGAGAGCAGUGAUUCUAAAGGGGGUCGCCAUGCAUCCCCUCCAACCACUUCCUACUUCGAUCGUCAGCUGCAAGCUCGCUCCGGCGGUCUCGCUGUGUAUUACCAGGCAGACAAGCGAGAGGACAGCAUCCAAGAAGAAGCAACUGACUUCAUAGCUAUUGCACCGCCCCUACAAAACGAAGCACCCGUUAUCCAUGGCCCCGAGGGACCGAUAAUCCCGCGAUUCAGUCUGUCCAAACUCCUCGUGUCAAUGCCGAUGAUUACAAUCAAGGAAAAGAUGAAAGAAGACAAAGGCCUGCUCAUUCGCCAUUCUCUCGUCGAGAAUUGUCCGCGCAUCAGGAUGCUCACCACUUUCCGCGAUGCCCACAUCUACGUCUUCCCCUACUGGGUCAAAGACCUAGUCCACCUCCAACGCAAACUGGAAUCCAUUAGCGAGGAUCUAGUCGGCACCUGGGCCAAGUCAGCAUGGCAGAAAGGUCUCGGCGACAAGCUAGGAUUGACCAAGAACUUCAACGAAGACAUCACUCCCACCCAGGAGACAGAAUUCACCCCCGAAAGCACUCAUACUGGCGCAUUCGUCGACAAAUUAAUCGAUAUCAGGGACAUGAGCACGACGAAGGCCAGCUCUAACUCCGAUCUGCACCCAGAGCAGUCUUAUCGAUAUACUGAAAUGCCCCAAAUACUAGCCUACGUCCACCGAGGAUCAACUCCCUUCAUCCGACGAGUCGAUAACACAGGCGUCCUUCUUUCAACCUCCCUUUUCCUGGCAAAAUUGCCAUCUGUCGACGAAGUUGGCCGCAAGGAAGCGUCGCCUUUCGCGCACGCCCAUAAAGUUGCCUACCCCGAAGGCGUGGCUUCGCCUAGUACUGUUACAAAGAAAGAUUGUCUGCUCGGCGAGAAUGUGAUUGUUGCAUCGGGUGCAGUUAUUAAGGAGAGUGUGAUUGGUGCAAACUGCCACAUUGCUGGCGCUGCCCGUAUCAUUCGUUGUGUUUUGAUGGAGGGUGUUGUCGUGGAGUCCAGGGCUGAAUUGACUGGGUGUGUGAUUGGUCGACGAGCUCAGAUUGGUCGUGAAUCUGUGCUGAAGGGGUGUGAGAUCCAGGAUGCUAAUGUGAUCCCGAAGGCAACGAAUGCUAGGGACGAGAAGUUCAUGGUUUCUGAGGAUUUGUGUGUGUGA